UCCAAGACCUUACAUCCGCACCUUGCGCGCCAAUCGUUCAGGGAUUCAUCGGAUUAUUGUCAAAAGUUGUCGAAAGACAUCAAUUGAAAAGAUAGCACAGAAAAUUUGUCAACACUAAAGCAUUCCACGAUGCCGAACCAGAAGAUCGAGCAUACUGAAUUACUCGUCUUGGCUAGGCUGGCUGGAAUUCAUGCUGCACCUGGAGUGUUUCGUAUCAUUACUGAGCUAUUGGCAUUGCAAAUUCCUCCAGAGGAUAUCUACGCUCUUCUAGGACGGAUAUGUCAAGUACCUCGCAAAAAGAAAGAUGAUGUAGUGAAACGUAGAUCUGAGAAAAUAAAGUGAUAAUAACUCACUCUUUAUUCAUUCAA